AUGGACAGCAACGCGAGGCUUGCUGGGGCGCGUAAGCUAUGGAGGGCUUGGAGGACGAUACAUCAGAUGCUCUCGGACAGGGGCUACGAGCUGUCCGAAGAAGAAUGCAAUAUCUCUAUAGAACGUUUCCUUGCCGACUUCACCGACGGAAACGGCAAUGUAGAUCAAUCUAAACUUUCCUUCUCGGCGCGACCCUCGGAUGCCAUGUUAAAACUGCACGCUCGCAUCCCCACACCCACCGAUCCAGACCCAGCUCCCGACUGCGGCUCCAUUUGGGUCGAGUUCAUCAACGAGGAGAAGAUCGGUGUCGGCCGGACCAAGCAGUUCGUCGAGCAGCUUCUCCAAUCCGGCAACCGCGAUGGAAUUCUUGUCACGCAAGGUGCGCUGUCUUCCGGUGCUCGUCGCGCCCUCAGCGCAACCGGCUCCGGCGACAACAAGGUCGAGGCCUUCAUGCUCGAGGAUCUGCUGGUCAACAUUACGCACCACGAACUGGUUCCGAAGCACGUUAUGCUCAGCAGGGUCGAGAAGAAAGCGCUCCUCGAGCGUUAUAGGCUGAAGGAGACGCAGCUGCCGCGGAUUCAGACCAAGGAUCCGGUUGCGAGGUACUUGGGGCUGCAAAGGGGCAAUGUGGUCAAGAUUAUAAGGCACAGUGAGACUGCUGGUAGAUACGCCAGUUACCGUCUUACGGUAUGA